AUGGCGGACGAGGCAAUUCACAACCACCCUAAUGCCGAAGAGCAAGAGGUGGGCUCGAUUCAAGCACUGGAGCAGAGGAUCAAAAGGAUGGAGCGGACUCUCGAGCAGAGGUUUGAGCAAAGACUAGACCAGAGGUUCAAGGAGCUACGUACCAUGCUUGAAGUCAACCGGUUCCUCGAAUUCGCCGAGGUUCCCGAGAAGAAGCACGUGAAGCUGGUGGCAUACCGAUUGAAGGGAGGAGCAUCUGCUUGGUGGGAUCAUUAUGAGCAAUAUUUGUUCAUGAAGUACCAGAGGUGUGUGCAAGGGUCGAGGUCCUUCCAUGAUUACACGGCGGAAUUCUUAAGGUUGGCGGAGCGUAAUGCACUAAACGAGUCAGAGAGCCAACAAGUUGCCCGGUAUAUGGAAGGUUUAAAGCCAACUAUUCGGGACAAGAUUGGCGUGCAGAUGGUAGCAACGGUGGAGGAUGUUCGAAGCUUAGCUCUCAAGGCUGAGAUGAUGACCUGGCAAAAAGUUGGUGACCGAGACUCGAGCUUCGAGGAAACAAAUUCUCUUGCCAAGCAAUUCAUAGCAAAGUGCUUCAAGUGCAACCAGCCGGGUCAUCGAUCGAGUGAUUAUCCUCAACGAAAGGCUAUUGCCUUGGUGGAGCAUGAGGAAGAUGUUGAAGAUGUGUUUUGCGAUCCUGAGGAAGAGGAAGAAUACAGCGGUGAUGAUGAUUAUGAGCAGACAUACAUGGUUCGGAAGUUGAUGCUCACACUUAAGCAAGAAGACCAAUUCCAGAGAAAUAAGAUAUUUCAUACUAGGUGCAACAUUCAUUCAAGCACUUUCAGCUUGAUUAUUGACAGCGGAAGUCAAGAGAAUAUCAUAGGAAGAGCUAUGGUUGAGAAGCUAGAGUUGCCAGUUGAGAAGCACCCAAAUCCUUAUUCGAUUAGCUGGAUAAAGUCAGUGGGUGAUAUCCGAGUGACCGAACGAUGUAAGGUUCCUUUCUCCAUUGGCAAAUAUCAAGAUGAGGUGUAUUGCGACGUUGUGGAUAUGGAAGCUUGCCACCUAUUGUUUGGGAGACCUUGGCAGUAUGACACUGAUGCACAACACCAUGGCAAAGAGAAUGUGUAUCAGCUCGUAAAGGAAGGGGUACGCUACACCCUAGUACCCUUAUCAGAAAAACCUAAGCCCAAAGCUGUCCCAAAAGUGAAGGGUAAAGCAUUUUUGAUAGAGACUCAUUCGGAGCGGGAGAUUGAAGCUGAUUUUAAAGAGUCAAAGGAAUUGCAUGUGCUGAUUGUGAAGGAUUUACCUUCACAAAAGCAAAUCGUGGAGGUGCCAGAGGAAGUGAAGCCCCUACUUGCUGAAUUUGAAGAGAUCAUCCCUGAGGAGUUGCCAGAUGGGUUGCCUCCAAUGAGAGAUAUUCAGUACCAAAUCGACUUGAUGCCUAGAGCCAGCUUACCUAAUCUGCCCCAUUAUCGCAUGAGUCCACACGAGAGUGCAAUACUCCAGGAGAAAGUAGAGGAACUGCUAAGAAAAGGUCAUAUUCGGGAGAGUUUGAGUCCAUGUGCCGUGCCUGCAUUAUUGACUCCGAAGAAAGAUAGGAGCUGGCGUAUGUGUGUCGAUAGCAGGGCCAUUAACAAGAUUACGAUGGGAUACAAGUUUCCCAUUCCAAGGCUUGAUGAUAUGCUGGAUCAAUUACACAGGGUGGUAGUGUUCUCCAAGAUUGACCUUCGAAGUGGAUACCACCAGAUUCGAAUUCGUCCAGGAGAUGAGUGGAAGACUGCAUUUAAAACUAGAGAUGGGCUUUAUGAGUGGUUGGUAAUGCCAUUCGAGUUGUCGAAUGCCCCCAGUACGUUUAUGCGUUUGAUGAAUCAGAAUAAGUUGAUUAUCAAUCUUAAGAAGUGCAAUUUUAUGACGUCACGCUUGUUGUUCCUUGGGUAUAUAGUAAGCUCAAAAGGCAUUCGGGUUGAUGAUGAGAAGCAUUGGGAACAUUAUCUUAUAGGCAAGGAGUUCAUUUUGUACUUUGAUUACCAAGCACUGAAGUAUUUGAAUAGUCAGAAGCGGAUCAGCAGUAACAUGCAUGCUCAGUGGACUACGUUUCUUCAAAAGUUCCCUUUUAAAAUAGUACACAAAUCGGGUGUGCAAAACAAGGUUGCCGAUGAAUUAAGCAGGCGUGCAGCACUAUUGACAAUGUUGAGAAGCGAGCUUAUCAAGUUCGAAGAAUUUAAGGAGCAGUACGCGGAUGAUGAGGAUUUUGGUCCAAGGUGCAAAAUCGCCAAGCGGCUGGAGAGUUUCACAACCAUGAGGGAUUUCUGA